AUGGCAUCCGAGCUGCCUUCUUUGACAGGAAAAGUAUGUAUUGUGACGGGAGCUUCCAGGGGAAUUGGCAAAGGUAUUGCUUUGAUGUUGGCCAAGGCAGGAGCUACUGUUUAUAUCACAGGCAAGUAACAAAAAUAGAAUUUUUAGUUAGAAAAGGUAUACUCAAGAUUGAUUCUCUCUUAAUUUUACCUCCUCUACAAGUGGAACAUAAAAAGAGAUGAAGGAAGGAGACUGUUUGACAGUUUAUACAUAGACUGUCAAAGAUACUUACUGGUGUCACUUCCCAUGACUAACUUGGAUAAAUAACUACUGCAGCAAAUUUUUGGAGUCUGUUAAACAAUUUUGUAUUCUGUCUGAAGGAAAGGGUUGGACAGACAAUACAUUUUAGACACUCAUCCUUACUUGAAUUUGCAGGCAGGACUCUUGAUGCUGCACAAGGCAAGCAAGGGUCAUUGAGGGAAACAGCUGAAAAGGUAUUUGCAAAAAAGAGACAGUGGCUUGAAUUUCAUUUCAGUGUAAAGUUCUAGUCACAUUGGUUACAGUAGGUUGUGAAAUGUGGCGUACUUUAUUAAGCUGCAAAUCACCAUCAAGUGAAAGCAGUAUGUUGAUCAAAUGGGCAUGCUUAGGACAGGAGGUGGGAUUGAGAGGUCCAGCUGCAAGCCUUGUUUUUAGCAAGACACUUUACUCUCACAGUGUCUUCCAACUAGAGAAAAAGGGCUCCCUUCUGGUAUUUGCUUUUAUAUGUUCUCAUAUCUUUUCUCACUUCAACAAAAAAAAAUUGUCAUACUUAUUCUUUCUAACUUACACCUGGAAAUACUAAAUUGUGUAAUGAAGGCAUAUAUAGGUUAAAGAUAGUCAUCUUUUUUCUCUAAUCAUUGUGUGGAGAGCAAGUAAAAUAUGAGCUGCAAGUAUAAUAAUAAAUGCACAGAGGAAGGAAUGGGGAAGUAGAGGAAAAAAAAGAAGAAAAGCAUCCCUAUGCCUGUUAAGUUAUUAGGUUGUCAUCAUCAACAUACAUGCAUAAGAGUGACCAGCAUCUAAUUUCUCCUUACCGUAAUUCUGCUAAAUCAUUUAUUAAAGUCAUGAGAAUAAAGAGAAUUAUCAUGGACUUUAGUAGCUUUGAUUGUUAAAUGAAUUCUCUUUGUCAGUAACAAAGAAAAUUGAUUGAGUGGAGUGUGGAGAAUAUGGAAACUGGUCUUAAGGUGUGAAGGGUUAAUACAGUAUGAAUUUUGUAAAUUUACCAUAGAUUGGUCAGGAGAGUGCUGGUCAAUGUAUUCCUGUUAAGUGUGACCAUGGAAAUGAUGAGGAAGUAAAAAAAUUGUUUGAAAAAGUCAGUCAAGAACAAAAUGGGCGACUGGAUGUUCUUGUGAACAAUGCUUACAAAGGAGUUAAGGUGAUGCAUAUCUGUGAUAAAUAAGUAAGUGCAUAACAGCUGUCAUCCACUUUAUAAACAGAACAUAUCAGUGUCCAUACUGAGGUGAAGGAUCAGAGAAUUUUGUGCACAUCACUAUUUGAAGAAAGUUAGUGUACUGUAUUUGUGAUAAUCUAGAUAGAUUAAUAAAAGCCGCUAUCCAUACUUCACCUGUAUUCAUGAGCAUGUGCAAUGCAUUCUUGGAUACAGCGGAUUAAAAAAGGGAACAGGACCUGUCUCACACCUCCCUUGUUUUGUGGCCUUGCAUUACUAUUUAAGGCAGGGAGUACUUUUAAAGGAACUGUAUCACAAUGCACUUAUAAUUUACUAACUUGCUAUCCUUCACCCUUAGGCAAUAUUGGAGACUGCUGGGAAACCAUUUUAUGAACAGGUCAGUCAAAAUAAUACUUCUCCUGAUGAAGACUGUCUUAUGAAACAGCUUUUGCAAGUUUGGUUCAGACUCUUAGCUAGUUUGCAUUUUAUUUAAAGGCAUAGUUAAAAAACCCUAAAAAUAUAUUGGAUGCAGUCUUUAAAAAAAAAAAAUGAUUGACUCCAUAUCUUUGUCCUCUAUCUAGUCAGUGGAGAUGUGGGACGAGGUCAACAAUGUGGGCUUAAGGUAAUUAUUGAUCAUAAUUCUUUAUGAGAAGUGUUUUUAAGUUAUAUUUAGUUUGCAGUACUUAGGGCGAAUUCACUGAUGUUACAAACUUGCAAUUGUAUAUUCUUGGAUAUGCCUGGUUUUGAAUUGGAGUAACAGUGGGACAGUUAGAGGAGGUGGUGGGAAAAGGUGGAAGACAUUGUCAGCCCUCUCCUGUCUCCAUCCUUGACUGUUACUCACACCCGCUUGGUGCAAAUUUAUUUUUUUCAUUCCAACCAGUCUUCUGCUUCUGUAAAAAUCAAAGAUGGCAGGUAUGAUUUCACAGAGAAAAUACUGAGCACUUAUUUGCCAGGUAUAUUUAGCACUGCAAUUGUGUAGCAGUUGCUAAUUAUCCUUGUUUAUUGAAUAUGAUUCCAGCUCAAUUCAUGAAAUAAAACAAACUAAAGCUAUAUUAGUUUGAGUAGCCCUUCCAAAGUAUGAAAAAUUGCAGUUUGGCUGACUGUCUAACCAACUGUCUGAUUGACAGACGUACUGAUUAACUAUCUGACUAUCUCUCCAACUGACUGACUAUAUAGCUGACUCACAGGAUGACUGAUGGUUGAAAGACUGGAUGACUGGCCCACUGGCUGAUUUACUGAUUGACUGAUAAACUGAAUGACUCAGUGACUUUGGGUGUCUACCAGCUUACUGAUCAGACCAACUGCUUGACUCAUCAACUGAAUGACAGACCAUAACUUGAUGAACUGAGUCACUGACUGAGUUGCCUGAUACUUAGUCUUUUCUGUUGACUUAUUUUCCAUUAAAGAUCCAGUUAUGUGGCUGCAUGGCAUGCAGCUAAGAUGAUGGUUCCAGCAAAACAGGGGCUCAUUGUCAAUGUGUCAUCAGCCGGAGGCUUAAGAUAUCUCUUUAAUGUUGCAUAUGGCGUCGGCAAAGCUGCAGUAAGUACCCCCCCUUCUCUUACCACCUUCCCCCCUCCCCUCCCUUCUCUCCCCCUCCCCUCCCUCCCUUUUCUUACCCCUUCCCUUACACAACAUGUUUGUGCUAUUAUAUCGUACAUUGAAAGUUAUUUCAAUGGUUUCUGCCGGUUUCAGCGACUUUGCGAAAACUUUAUCCCAUAAUAGCCGAAUUAAGUACCAGCGGCAUGUGAUAAACAGACUAAGAUGUUCUCAACCGUCUCAUCGUAAUAUUCUCAUUUCACCCAGACGGACAGAAUGGCUGCAGACAUGGCUGUGGAACUACGCAAACAGAACGUGGCGUGUGUCUCUCUGUGGCCAGGAGCCGUGAAGACUGAGAUUGUGACGGACUUGAUUCUCAGCAAAGCAGAUCAAGGAGGAAAGGUACUCUUCAAUUAUAAAUGCUAUGUUUAAUAGAGGUUAGGGCAGGGGCACUAGCAAUUUUGAAUUGAGUAUCAAAAGUAUUCCAAGAGUGCAUAAGUUUUCGCGUUGUGAUUGGUCUGGAAGUUGAGAGCCACCUCCUCUACCAAUCAAAUGCGACUAGGUCACCCACGUUUUCCCGCGCCUCGUGCGGUCCUUAUCUUUGGUGCAUUGUCAUUGGCUACUUGUUGUAAUCCACGGUUUGCUUGGGCUCAGCUCUCAUCAGCUAUGACGGGAUAGGAAUCUCGAUGUCAUAACCAAACUGUUCAAUAGCUUGUGAACUGGAUGUCAUUAACUCUGUGCCGGGUGCGAUCUGCAAAGCCAAGCGCCUCGUGGGCUCGUUUUUCGCUGCUUCACUUCUCGUGCCACAAAGCUUGUGACAAUCUGCUUGCCGGCUCAGAGUAUGUAAGUAUUUCUUCCGUCUUACGUUUUUUAGGCAAGUAAAGCCGCCACAAUUUUCAAAGACGCUGAAGAUGUCACGUUCUCCGGCAAAGCUGUGGCGUGGCUUGCAUCAGGUACUCCUAUCAUUGUCUAUAUGAGUAUUGCGCAACACAGUUUUCAUACAGAAGGUUUCGCUCAGUUACGUUGUAUUUCAUGGUCUGGUUUUACUUUACUCUCGACCUCACUGAUCCUUGCAGUUUGCCAGACGCUUAUCUCAUAUCAAUCUAGAAAUGGCCUAGCUAAUCACAACGCCCUCUGAAAUCCAGUGGUUGAGUAUCGGAGCACGGAAUUAUUACGUUCGCUUCGUUAUGAAGACUCAAUAGAUUUUUCCUUUUUUUUCCACCCUCGCGAUGAUACAAGAAAAGUAUCAUCCUUAAUUCUUCAUUGCAACGUUAUUAUUCUUCAAUAGUUGUUACAAAUGGAUGUGAGAGCUUUCGACUACAUUGUAAAAUCACCCCACAUGCCACACGCCUUCUUCAUUUGUUCUGACGUCUGAAAUUUGAUUACCCCUUUCAGAUAGCGAUAUCAUGAAAAAGACUGGUCGGAUUCUAAUAGUGGCAGAGUUGGCCAAAGAAUACGGUUUCAAAGAUGUUGGAGGUAUGUGGACUCUCAGAAUAGGAGAGAAAAUUCAAAAUAGAUACCAUGUUGCCGUUUGUCUCUACAGUGACAGAUCACAGAUAUCGUCAAAAUAUGGUUAGAACAAAAAAAGUGGCACAUGAGGCGCAGCCGAGUGUUUCACUGAUGUUCUUAACCCUUCAGCACCCAAGAUCUGAUCGUUAAUUCUCCCCUCUAGCUGCUACACAAUUCUUUGUAAAUCAGCCACGAGACUUGGGUGUAAGAUCAAGAUGACAACUUCUACCUGAUAAUUUUGAGUAUUCUCAUUAACCCUUUGCUGAAAAAGAUAUGGAUAUAAUAGGGAGAAGUUACAUGUCAGUUACUUCUGGGAGUCAAAGGGUUAAGACAUCUGAUGUCUUUAGUGAUCUAUUACUGUACAAGCAUAAGGCAACAUAGAAUCUAAGAUGCUGAUAAUUUGGACGCUUUGGAUGUACCUGUCCUCUAAUAGAUCAUAUGUAAGAACCAAUCAAAAAAUUCGUGUAUAAUUCAGCUUAUCGUAUAAUAUGAUGUAGUUACAUGUUUCCUCCUGGAUGAGAUGUUGGACCAUCGUGGGUUCCCGCCCCCUUCCUCAUUAUCAUUCUCAAUUUUGUUAUCACCAUAAUCAGCAUCUGCAUCAUCAUCAUCAUCAUCAUCAUCAUCAUCAUCAUCAUCAUCAUCAUCAUCAUCAUCAUCAUCAUCAUCAUCAUCAUCAUCAUCAUCAUCAUCAUCAUCAUCAUCAUCAUCAUCGUCAUUAUCACUAGCAUUAUCAUUAUUAUUAUUCUUGUCCCUGAAGGGUACCCAAGGAUGAAAGAUACAUGACUUUUUUUCGAAAUUGUUCCACUUUCUGUGUACCAGAAAUCACAGCUUAUGAGAAGCUCAACAACUAAUUAUGUCAUAGUUGAGCAAUUCAGUUUGUAGUAGUACAGACAAGAGGAAAUCUUGGUUCUUUCUUGUAGGAACUCAACCGUUGUCCAUUCGUCAAGUGAAGUUUCAUCUGGAGAGGUCCUACCCCUCUGUCGCCUGGAUGAUGCCUGAGUUUGUCUAUGUCCCGGCUUGGUUAGUGGCAGCUGCAACUCACAAACUCUGAUCACGUGAUUGAUCGACUCCCACCGGCUCAACAUGUGUUUAAUUACAAAAAUGAAAUCGCUAUUUGAAAUAGUGGCUGAUGAGUAAAGAGAUUUUAUUUUGGUGAUUGGGGGGUAUGAUAUUGUCAUCGGUAAGUGAUUAUGAUAAUGUGGUAAUAUAAAUUUUAAUAAAUAAAUGGGAAAAACCUGGAACAACCUUUUGAAUUGAAGUCCUUGAAUUAUAGCCCGACAUUUUGAAGCAGAUCAAAAUAUUGUAUCCGUUAUUUUUAACUAGAGUUUUGAGUUGGAGCCAUGACAGAGUUAUGUAGCGUGUGGUAAGAGAAACCCAGUCCAGUGCGUAAUUGAAAAAAAGAGGUCUAUGGUGGAAGGCAUCUUUUUCAGCAUUAUCAAUGGUAUACGAUUUUCGCCUUUUGCUGGACAACAUAACCACGACGACAUAGUUGCGUAGGCGAAAUAACGGGGAAACUAAAACUGGAGCGAAUCAAAGCAAAACUAGCGCAAUUUCGCUUUCUAAUGGCGUUAAGUUACUGAAUAAAAAUGGUUUUCAAGUAGAAAAAAAUUCAUCUCUCUAUUUUAAGGUAGAUUUAG